AUGGCGUUUUUACUGGGACGUACGUCUCAAAGUUUCCUUUAUACACUAUGUAGAGUCGGUCUCACGCAUUCUGGCGUCUGCGUAUUAUUUUCGAAAAAACUCUACAUACGACCUCAAAAGCUGUUGAACUUGCACUUUAAAGACCAGAGUUCGCGGAUGUUUAGCUGUACCUCUAUCAACUCUACGAGUAAAGAGCAAAAAACAAAGCCCAACAAAACAAAGGAAACAAUAAAAAUAUUGCACAAAAUAAAAGAAUUUCCCCUAAAGGAAAAUAUUUAUACCCUUCCUAAUCUUUUAACUUUAUCCCGUUUAAUUGCGGGACCGAUCAUUGGCUCAUUUAUCCUAAAAGAAGAAUAUAAAAUAGCAUUAGGAAUUUUUAUAUUUGCAGGAUUCACUGAUCUGCUAGAUGGUGUCAUCGCAAGAAGAUACAAUAUGAGAACAAUGUUAGGAACGGUCAUGGAUCCAGCGGCGGAUAAGACGCUCAUGACUGUGAUGACAAUCACUUUGGCGAUGAAAGAUUUGCUUCCAUUUCCAUUGGCGGCUGUGAUUCUUGGGCGUGAUGCUGGUUUAGUUUUGGCAUCAUUUUAUUAUCGUUAUAUUUCUUUGCCACCACCAAAAACAUUGUCAAGAUAUUUUGAUUUUUCUAUUCCGUCGGCUGAAGUGCGACCCACUUUUAUCAGCAAGAUCAAUACUGUACUACAAUUGGCUCUUGUCGGUGUAACGGUUGCAUGCCCUGUCCUUGAAUGGAAUCACGCUCCAGCACUCACAGCUUUACAGUACACUGUUGCCGGAACUACAGUAUUAUCUGGACUAAGCUAUGUUUUCUCCAAAGAUGCUGUUCGAAUAUUAAAACGUCCAUCACCUUCCUCUCGGUAA